AUGGUCGCGCCCACGAUAGUGCUCCAGCUCGGCUGUUUCUUUGGGUUCUUAAUCUGCGACACUCCCCGUGGUGUCUGGCCUGAAGGACGACCGUCUGUCUCUCCGUGGCCUUCUGAGACGCCAAGUUCAGGCAUUUCCACCUCCACCGGAGGAAUUACUACGUCCUCGGGAGAUACGAGUGUUCCUGUCACUGUUACGCCAACUGUCCCCCCUGGCACGACCCUGACGACUCUGCCUUCGUCUUCUGCUUCUGAUUCGACUACUUCCGACUCUCCUCCUUCUAGUACGAUUGUCUCCAGUCCCGAUACCUCUACUAUUAGUACCUCUCCCACUACUGUUACUAGUAGUAGUACCACCAUGUCCGUCACUACAAGCGCCGUUCCUGCGGCCACUGGCACCCUUGCUGCCAACAUCCUGAUCCUUGCUCGCGACUCUACCCAGGCCGAUGUCGCCUCCUCUGGUCUCAAUGGCUACGGUAUCCCCUACACUACGCUUCUCGUCCCCCAGGCCGGUGUUGAGCUUCCUGCCCUGAACUCCUCGUCUGGUGGAAACUUUGGCGGCAUCGUCGUCGCUGGCGAGGUCAGCUACGACUAUGGCAGUGACAGCUGGCGCAGUGCCUUGACGGACGACCAGUGGAACCAGCUCUAUGCCUACCAGCUAGCGUAUGGUGUGCGCAUGGUGCAAUACGAUGUCUUCCCCGGCCCUAACUUCGGCGCCUCGUCUGUCGGUGACGGCGGCUGCUGUGCCGAUGGCGUUGAGCAGCUGGUGUACUUCUCCGAUACCAGCGACUUCCCGACUGCUGGACUGCGAACUGGUUCCGAUGCUGGCGUGAGCACCGAGGGACUGUGGCACUAUCCUGCCACCGUCAGCGACACCAACACCACCAAGAAGAUCGCCUCGUUUGCUGCUGGCGGCGGGGUCAGCGGCGAGUCUGCUGCAGCAGUCAUCAACAACUUCGAUGGACGCCAGCAGCUGGUCUACUUCAUCGGCUUCGACACCGUCUGGAGUCAGACAUCCAACUACCUGCAGCACGCAUGGAUUACCUGGAUCACCCGCGGCCUGUAUGCAGGACACCGCCGGGUCAACCUGAACACCCAGAUCGACGACAUGUUCCUCGAGACGGACAUCUACUCGCCUGCUGGCCAGAUCUUCCGCAUUGGCACUGCUGAUUUGGACGGCAUCACCAGCUGGCUCCCAACCAUUCGUGGCAAGCUCAACGCUGGCAGCACGUACUUCGUCGAGAUCGGCCACAACGGCAAUGGUAACAUCGAGGCUGCUGUCGAGUCCGCCGGCGAGAGCACCUGCAGCGGCGGUGCCAUUGAAUACGACUCGCCCCCGGACACUGAGCUCGAGUUCCAGAAGCCUCUCGGCAGUGGAACGAAUCUCUGGCCGUCGUCUCCGGCCAACUACACCUGGACGACCAGCUGCACGAACCAAGACUCCCUGCUCGUCUGGUUCCAGGAGCACCUCAACGACUACGCCUAUAUCUCGCACACCUUCACCCACCUGGAGCAGAACAACGCCACCUACUCGGAUGUCUCCAAGGAGAUUUCCUUCAACCAAGCGUGGCUCAGACAGGUUGGAUUCACCGAAGCCCAGCGGUUCACCUCCAACGGCAUCAUCCCUCCUGCCAUCACCGGGCUGCACAACGGCGAUGCCCUCCGCGCCUGGUCUGAGAACGGCAUCACGAACUGCGUAGGCGACAACACCCGGCCUGCCCUGCUCAACUCCGAGAACGCCAUGUGGCCGUACUUCACCAAGGUCUCCAGCGACGGCUUCGACGGCAUCCAGGUCAACCCGCGCUGGGCAACUCGCAUCUACUACAACUGCGAUACGCCUGCCUGCACCACGCAGGAGUGGAUUGACACCUCUGCUGGCGCCGGAACCUUCACCGACCUUCUCGCGACGGAGCGCGCUGAGACUCUGCGUCACUUCUUCGGCCUCCACCGCGACCCCUUCAUGUUCCACCAGGCCAACCUGCGCAACACCGGCAUCGACCCUAUAACCGUCAACGGCGAGACGGCCCAGAUCUCCAUCUUCCAGGCGUGGGUUGAGACCGUCGUUGCCGAGUUCACCAGGCUCGUCAACUGGCCUGUUGUCAGCACCACUCACCAAGAGAUGUCCGACUACUUCCUCCAGCGCUACCGCCGCGACCAGUGCGGCUACUCGCUCAGCUACGUCCUCGACGGCAACAGCAUCACCGGCGUGACCCUCUCCGCCAACGGAAACUCCUGCGACGCCACUAUCCCCGUCACCUUCCCCGACGCGCCGUCCGACACCCACGGCUUCUCGACCGAGCAGCUGGGCAGCGACCCUGUGACUGUGUGGGCGCAGCUCUCUGGGUCGCCGGUGACAUUCUCGCUGGCCAGCCCUAUCGCGCUGUAG